GCCAGGGCGUCGUUAACAUGGACUAAUCUACCCCUUUGUGCAUAAAGAGGAUAUGACAGCUUUAACUGAAAAGCAUUAACGAGAAUGACUUUUUUGUUUUCACAGUUAACUCGCCAUUUACUGUAGGGUUAGCUUUAAUGCUAACGUUAGCCUGUCAUUGCACGGUGUGACGUAACGACGUAAGGUCACCUUCACCGAAACCUCACAAUUACCGUGUGUGACACUAGUAUGUUUCACUUAUAGUACAGUAUAAUAUACCAACCUGCUGCUUCCAGUUUGUUUGGAUUGCUACUUUACAUAUUUCGUAUACGAAUGUUUUAUACCUGCUCUUCAUUUUUCCUAAUUUGAAUUGAAACCGAGCUGCCAUCAUGCCCAUUAAAGAGGAUACAAUAUCAGUUUUAAAGCAGUUUGACAUUGGAGACAAUUUCUCCUAUCUGCCUGCGAUGCCUAAAGCCUCAGUGCUGGUCCCACUUUUAGUGAAGGAUGGAGAGCUGUACACCCUGAUGACCCUGCGGUCCAAGGAGCUGAGGAGCAAUGCUGGUGAAGUGUGUUUCCCGGGCGGGAAGAGAGACCCCAGUGACAGAGAUGAUGUGGAAACUGCCCUGAGAGAGGCAGAGGAGGAGAUAGGUUUACCACCUGACCAUGUCCAGGUGGUCUGUACACUGUUCCCUAUUAUCAACAAGAGAGGUCUUUUGGUGACCCCAGUGGUUGGCUUCAUAGAGGAGUCAUUUUGUCCCAGGCCAAAUCCAGCUGAGGUCAGUGCCGUGUUCACCGUCCCCCUGGACUUCUUCGCUAGUGAAAAGGACCACUUUGCUACUCAUGGUGCUGCUGGGAUGAUGAUACCCUUGCACUCGUUUUAUUACGUGGACCCUGAUACAGGAAGCCAGUAUCACAUAUGGGGCCUGACUGCUAUGGUGGUCAUAGUGGUUGCUACCCUUGCUCUAAGGAAAAAACCUGAGUUUGAUAUUGGUUUUGACUCCGAGGAUCCACUACCCUUCUUUCAACAGGUUCUACAACGAAGACUUAGUAAACUGUGACUGCUUUUGAACAUACUUGUGCCAAUAUAAAACACCUGAGCUCAUAUUUUUUAUUAUAACUACAGUCUAUUAAUACAACAUUGUGUAUGAGUGACAUGUUAAACUUACAUUAGAAUUAAUAUGAAAUGCCUGUAAAACUUUUGCACUUAAACUUUUCUUAACUAAAGGGAGUAAAAAAAGAACUAAACCAAGACAUUUGUAUUUUUAUUAAUUCAUUUAAUGUAGCAGCAGGAUUACAGAUAUAAACUGAAGAGUAUACAAAUGUCCAGAUCAAGGCAAAGUACAUGUUAAUAAUAGUUCAGAUGUAUGAUAACACACUGGGGUUGACCUUAAUCCCUACUACAGGGUCGUAAGGCUAGAUACUAAAGCUCAAGCUACACAGAACGGAUACAACAGAACUGUCGGAGAAUGUGAAAUAGAAAGCGAACUAGGAAAAGUGAGCAAACUGAUUACACACAAGAUACCGCUCACACUAUUGGCAAUUAACAGUAAAUUUAUCAUGGUUGCUUCUUUUGAUCAAGCAUUUCACAGCAACAAUAGUAAUGUUGACAAGCACAUCAACACAAGAAAGCUUUCCAUAAAACAAUCUCCACUGUUUCGUCCCUUUUACCUCACAUGUACAAAUCUCAUGAGGCAUGAAAAAAAAAAAAAAAAAAAACUUUCAACAGAAAAUAAACAAGUUGACAAUUCACUGAUGAAGCUGCACAAUAUUAUGUUGAGAGUAAUAACUCUGAUAUCUUGCAAUGGAUUUCUAAAAAGAAAAUGUUAACAGUAAAAUAUACAAGUAUGGGCUGUGGUUAUGCUCGUGUUUAGAAAUAAAUUUUCAUCGAUGAAAAGUGUCCUGAUUUUAAACAGUCCUAGAGAAUAAAAAGGACAAGGGGCCAAAUAGCACACAAAAAGGGACACAAGUAAACACAGCAGAGUAACGGUAAAGUUAUCAAGGCACACAAAGUUCUGUUGAAAGCAUCACAAUUGAUAUUCAAGAUACCCCUGCAGUAUAUUUCACAUUUAAAUAUACACGGAUAUUCAUUUACAUGACUGAAGGACAAAACCGAUAUUGUGUAAAGAUUUGUGUGCUAUCUUUGCCACCAUUAAAUCAAUGUUUCACGUG